AUGACUAUCUCGACCGCCGAUACCGUCACCGCUACCCUACACUACUUCGCUCCUCCGUUGGAUGGCUCCAAGCCAUACCACUUCAUCAACGCAGACCCGAUCACCGGCAAGCGCGCCAAAAACUGGGAGACCGUUACGCAGGAGCGCGAGAUCGAGAAUAUUCGCGGAAAGGAGCACACGGUCUCGCUGGACACGACCGGCUUCCAGUUUUAUAGACGCGCUGUUCCACAUACGACGUUCGAGAACGACGAGGUCAUCGAGAAGGAAUACUAUCCUCAAUCCAUCGAGCUCGCCAAGGAGUUGACUGGUGCCUCCAGAGUGGUAGUCUUCGAUCACACUAUCCGCCGCCGCCGCCCGGACGAGAUUGCGGACACGCCUCAGAAGCGCCAACCCGUGCCGCUAGUGCACAUUGACCAGACGGCUGAGUCUGCUGUCGCACGUGUACACCGCCACCUUCCCGCUGAGGAUGUUCCCAAACUCCUCGCGAACCGCUUCCAGAUCAUUAACCUCUGGCGCCCCAUUCAUCAUGCAGCCUGGGACUGGCCGCUCGCGCUCUGCGACUAUCGCACCGUGGACCGUUCCAACGAUCUUGUUCCCACGACGCUCAAGUACCCGGACCGUGACGGUGAGACCUUCAGCGUGAAAUUCAACCCCGCCAACAAGUGGCGAUACCUCCGGGGUAUGGAGCCUGACGAAAUCGUCCUCAUCAAGUGCUACGAUUCCCAGGAUGAUGGCAAGACUGCCAUCUUCACGCCUCAUACCGCGUUUGAGGACCCUACGACGCCGAAGGACGCGCCGCUGCGCGAGUCCAUCGAACUGCGCCUCCUCGUGUUCUACGACUAGGUGUCCAUGCAGUCAAGAUGCUAUAUGCCAUGAUCGCCUAGCAACCUUGACGUUGUACGUUUAGUUGGAGAGCGGAUGUAGUGAUUACACCUCCUGUACGUUCUGUAUGCUGCUGUACAAUUGACAUGCUGUCACCGCCGGUUCUUUCAGACUGUUUUAAU